CGCCGAUAAUCCUCAUCGAAGAAGAAGAAUAGCAGUGGUGGCAUGCUUGAAGGUUAGCGACAUAUUUAACGAAAUACAAUAAUAACUACUAGUGACACACAUACUGAGUAGCAAGGUAUAGCAUUAUCGUGUAGAACAUGGUAACAUAUCAACAUUGGAUAUAACAAAGCCAGUCCACACGUCGCGGUGAUUCCAGGUCUGUAUUUGGCUGUGGACACACUAGCUAUGGCCAGCCUGUCCAACUACGCUGUGCGUAUGGCACGUCUCAGCGCACGUAUCUUUGGGGAUGUGGCGCGUCCGACGGACAACAAGUCCAUGAAGGUGGUCCAGCUGUUCAAGGAGCCGCCCAUGGCCCAGAAAAAGGAGGUGUACGACUGGUACCCUCAACACAAGAUCUACUAUGCCCUUACACAGAAGCUACGGUACAUGGGACUCUUCAGAGAUGAGCACGAGGACUUCAAGGAGGAGAUGCGGCGGUUGAGGAAACUACGAGGCAAGGGGAAACCCAAGAAGGGCGAAGGAAAGAGAGCCACCAAGAAGAAAUAAGCACUUCCUUUCCCUGUCAUAUAGGACCUAUGGCUAAACCCAGCCUUUCCCUGUCAUAUAGGACCUAUGGCUAAAACCAGCCUUUCCCUGUCAUAUAGGACCUAUGGGUAAACCCAGCCUUUCCCUGUCAUAUAGGACCUAUGGGUAAACCCAGCCUUUCCCUGUCAUAUAGAACCUAUGGGUAAACCCAGCCUUUCCCUGUCAUAUAGACCUAUGGCU